UUUCUUGUGGGGGGAUGGUGAAAAAUGCCACUCAGGGUCGUAUCGUCUCUCCGGGGUUUCCAGGAAAUUACAGCAACAAUCUGACAUGUCACUGGGUACUGGAGGCCCCUGAGGGCCAUCGGCUCCAUAUUCACUUUGAGAAAGUGGCACUGGCUGAGGAUGAUGACAGGCUCCUCAUAAAGGAUGGAAGUAACAUUGACUCUCCGCCCCUGUAUGACUCGUAUGCAGUCGAGUAUCUGCCCACUGAGGGGGUCACCAGCACCGGCAGGCAUCUGUUUGUGGAAUUCACCAGUGACGAGAUGGGCACAUGCACUGGCGCUGCCAUCCGAUAUGAAGCUUUUGCUCAGGGCAGCUGUUAUGAGCCGUUUGUGAAGUAUGGAAAUUUCUCCACAAGUGAUCCUGCUUUUGGAGUUGGUUCUGUGGUGGAGUUCACCUGUGAGCCUGGUUAUACACUGGAGCAGGGCGCUAUUAUUUUAGAGUGCGUAAAUGAUGAAAAUCCACAAUGGAAUGAGACAGAACCAGCCUGCAGAGCGGUGUGCAGUGGAGAAAUAACAGAUUCAGCAGGAGUGGUGCUUUCUCCAAACUGGCCUGAAGCGUAUGACAAAGGCCAGGAUUGUAUCUGGGGUCUACAUGUGGAGGAGGACAAGAGAUUUAUGCUGGAUGUCCAGGUUCUUCGUCUGGGGAAGAAUGACCUGCUGACCUUUUAUGAUGGAGAUGACCUCACAGCCAACAUCCUGGGCCAGUACAGCGGUUUUCUUCCUCGAUUUAGACUCUAUACCUCUACAGCCGAUGUGACCAUCCAGUUUCAAUCUGAUCCAGCCUCCAAUGUCUACGGAUACAACAAUGGCUUUGUAGUGCAUUUCUUUGAAGUGCCACGUAACGACACCUGCGCGGAGCUGCCAGAAAUCUCUAAUGGCUGGAAGAGCACGUCUCAUCCCGACCUGACCCAUGGCACCGUUAUUACCUACCAGUGUUACCCAGGCUUCCGUCUGCAGGGCUCAGAGAUCCUGAUGUGCCAGUGGGAUCUGACAUGGAGUGGAGACGUCCCCAUCUGUGAGAAAAUUAUGUCAUGUGAUGAGCCGGGGCUAUUGGACAACAGCCGGAGACUGGUGACCGGCUCUCGUUUCGCUGUGGGAUCAUACGUGGAGUACAUUUGCAACAAAGGAUACUCACUUUCUGGCCCAGGAGUGCUCACUUGCUACAGCAGAGAUACUGCAGACCCAAAGUGGAGUGAAAGACUGCCCAAAUGUGUCCCUGAAAGAUAUGAACCAUGCAGUAACCCUGGCGCCCCCUCCACGGCCAUCCAAAGUUCAGAGAAAGCGUUUUUCCAGGCAGGAGAGACUCUGAGCUUCACCUGCCGUACAGGUUAUGCGCUUCAGGGUGAACCCACUAUCCACUGCCUCCCUGGACAUCCGUCUCAAUGGAGUGGAGCGCCACCUAUGUGCAGAGCUUCCUCAAGAAACAAUGAGGAACACAGAUUGAACGCUGCUGAUUCAGAGUUCGACGUGGUGGAGGGCGUCAACAUCGCCGUCGCAGUUCUGAUUCCUGUAGCGGUGGUACUGAUGCUCCUCCUGGUCGUUUUCCUCUGUAUCUCGAUAGCUCAAAGCAAGACUUUUCAGCUUCCUGGGUCGUCAUCUCCACCGUAUGACAACAUGACGGAAGAAUCUGCAUUUGACAACCCUGUGUAUGAGACGGGAGUAAGUAUGGAUGCCAUGAACCUCAGAGACGUGGGCUCUCACAACACCAUCGUCCUGUCCUGAUCAACCCUGCCUGCCAUUCUGUCAUUCCACCUGUCAUUUAUGACAUUGACUUGGUCUGCAGAACGAAUAGUGUGAAUAAACAGAGUUAAAUGGCUAAACAG